GCCAGUACCUGCAGUACGAUAUGUACAAAACUCAGAUAGCGAGUAUGCACAAAUAGUUGAUGGACAGAUCUAUGAAACAUUAUCUCGAGCUACAGCAAGCCAAGGUCUCGCAAAUAUGGCUUAUCAACAUGAAGAUGCACCACCUCCCUAUACAGCCAGAGAUGAUGGAGGAAAUGCUGCUGUACAAAACAACAAACAAUUCAGUUGUGUACCGGAAAUUAAUAAUGGAUACGCUCUCCCAACUCCUGUAAUGCACAGUCAUUAUGAAGAGCCAUACUCAAAAAAGAAGCUCGAGAAUAGUCCAAAAAACGAAAAGGAGAAAAAAACCUUUGUUGAUUUGCCGUCUGAAGAUGUGAAUCGUUCAACUACCGAGAUCG